UUUUGUUUCAUCAGAUCUGGUUGUCUCUUUUAUAUGCAUUUGGUUUAAGCUAAGUUGAUUUCGACAAUGCAAACUUCAGCUUCAUCACUACAAAGCUUAUUCUGGGGGAAGAAUCUCAGCUAUGCACCAUAUACUUUUAGCAGAACGCUAGAUUUCAUACCUGCUAUGACAUCUCCUCCAUUAGGACCUCAGAGGCUAUCCGUACAAUGUGGAGUUGGGUUCCGCCCUUGCAUUGACAUACACAAGGGAAAAGUGAAGCAAAUUGUUGGAUCAACUCUUCGAGAUUCUAAGGAGGCAGAUACAAGCCUGGUAACUAACUUUGAAUCUGAUAAAUCGGCUGCAGAAUAUGCAAAGCUUUACAGAGAUGACGGCCUUGUAGGUGGCCAUGUGAUUAUGCUUGGUGCUGACCCCUUGAGCAUAGCUGCUGCUACUGAAGCAUUACAUGCUUACCCUGGUAGGGUGAAACAUCUAGGUGGGUUGCAAGUUGGAGGGGGAAUCAAAACUGAAAAUGCUUUGAGUUACAUUGAAGAAGGAGCCAGCCAUGUCAUUGUCACAUCGUAUGUCUUUAACAAUGGGCAAAUGGACCUUGAGAGACUGAAAGAACUUUCUUCUCUCGUUGGAAGAAAGAGGCUUGUUUUGGAUCUUAGUUGCCGUAAAAAGGAGGGUGAGUAUGUCAUUGUCACAGACAGAUGGCAGAAGUUCAGUGACGUACAUCUCAAUGAGAAAGUCCUGAAUUUUCUUGCAGAGUACGCUGAUGAGUUUCUGGUUCAUGGUGUUGAUGUUGAAGGCAAAAAGCUGGGAAUAGAUGAGGAGCUUGUAGCAUUGCUUGGAAAGUAUUCCCCCAUUCCUGUAACAUAUGCUGGUGGUGUCACUGUGAUGGCUGAUCUUGAGAAGAUCAAAGUCGCAGGGAUGGGGCGUGUGGAUGUGACAGUGGGCAGCGCUUUGGAUAUUUUCGGAGGUAACUUGGCAUACAAAGACGUUGUGGCUUGGCAUGCUCUGCAAGAUUCUAUUGCAGUUUAAGCCAUUCUUAACUUCCCAUUGUUUGUUCAAGUUUCUUGACCUCAGAUUCGUUUUGCCUAGACUCUCGCGUAGUUUCACCACCUAUUUUAUGAUAUUUUCUAUUUAA